AUGUCUGUUGUAGAGAGCUUAAAUAGUGACGCUAAAUAUGAGUUGCAUAGAAAUGUAGCAAAUUUUCAACCUAGCCUUUGGGGAAAUUAUUUUCUUCAAUAUGCUUCGGAAUCUAUGGAAGUAGAUGAAAAUAUUAAGGCACAAAUUGAAGCAUUAAAAUGCGACAUGAGAAAGAUGCUUAUCUCAGAGAGUGAGAAACCCUUGGAAAAAGUUCAUUUGAUUGAUUCAAUAUGCCGCUUGGGUGUUAGUUAUUACUUUGAAGAUGAGAUUGAGGAGAUUUUGCAAAAUAUUUACAAGAAUAAUGUUGAAGAUGGAGAAAUAACUUUCAAUGACAACCUUUGCUCUCUCAGUGUGCUAUUUAGGCUGCUAAGACAACAAGGACAUCAUGUUUCACCAAAUGUUUUCAACAAAUUCAAGAAUGAGAAAGGAGAAUUCAGUGAAGGACUUAUUAAAGAUGUCAAGGGAAUGCUAAGCUUGUAUGAAGCAACACAAUUAAUGGUUCAUGGAGAAGACAUUUUGGAAAAAGCUUUGGCUUUCACUAAAACUCACCUUGAGUUUAUUGCCAUCCAAUCAAGCCAUUCUCUUGCAAUGCAAAUCAAAUAUAGCUUAAGGCAGACUCUUCAUAAAAACUUGCCAAGGCUUGAAGCACUAAGAUUCAUUUCCAUAUACGAGCAUGAUCCUUCCAAUAAUAAAACUUUACUCGUUUUGGCAAAAUUAGAUUUUAAUAUGCUCCAAAACCUACAUCAAAAAGAAAUUGGUAAUAUUUGCAAAUGGUGGAAUAAUUUGGACGUGCCUAAUAAAUUACCUUAUGCACGAGAUAGGAUGGCAGAAAGCUACCUUUGGGCAAUGGGAAUAUAUUUUGAGCCUCAAUAUUCUACUGCAAGAAUAAUUAUGACAAAAAUAUUUGUCAUAUUUACUGUGGUUGAUGAUACAUAUGAUGCAUAUGGAACAAUUGAUGAAUUAGAACUUUUUACCAAGACAAUUGAAAGAUGGGAUAUUUGUGGUUUGGAUAAUCUUCCGGACUACAUGAAGUUUCUCUAUAGAAUUUUAUUUGAUCUUAACAAAGAAAUAGAGGAAGAAGCAAUAAAGAAAGGAAUAGUUUAUGCAUUGAACUACUACAAAAAUGAAUGUAUAAGACACAUUCAAGCGUAUAUGGCUGAAGCUAGAUGGUUAAACAACAAUUACCAACCAACAUUAGAAGAAUACAAUCGUUUAUCAACAAUAUCAUCUGGUUAUUGUCUGGUGAUCAAUACAUGCUACAUUGGUAUGGGAGACAUAGCUACGGAGGAUAUCUUCAAGUGGCUAUCCAAUAAGCCAAAAGUAAUUGAUGCUGCUAUUGUCCUUUGUAGACUAAUGGACGAUAUUGUGUCAAACGAGUUUGAACAAAAAAGAGACCAUGUUUCUUCGUUCUUGGAAUGCUAUAUGAGGCAAUAUAACGUCUCUAGGGAAGGAGCAGUUCAAGAAGGUCAAAAAAGAAUAGCUGAUGCUUGGAAAGAUAUGAAUAAGGAAUCUCUUAUGCCAACUGAUGUUCCAAGGCCUUUUCUAACACGCAUUCUAAACCUUUCACGUUUUAUGGAUGUCGUUUAUAAAGAUAAAGAUAACUUCACACAUUCUGAAGGCGAAAUGAAGACAUUCAUCAAAGCUUUGCUUCUGGAUCCAAUGAAAAUUUGA